GGCUCCACGGGGCAGUGAUUCGGGUGACCCAGGGAUGGCGCAUCUGGAAGUCGGAGACCUCGGGAAGCCGCUGGGUCCAUCCGCACGUCCCCGGGAUGAGCCCGGACAAGCGGGCGCUGUACAGGCUCCCGUGCCGGGGCUGAUCGAUGCUUCACUCACCAGCGAGGCCACGCAGAUGACAAAUGCCGGCGUUGUGACGGCUGCCGGAGGGGCAGGAGACGUCUGUGCCGCCCUCCCCUGGGACUCUCAGAGUCGAUGGAGUUUAUUACCUUAACGUUAUUUCCUCUCUCUGGAGGGCAGCUUUUGGGCAGUGCUGCCUGGUAGAUAAGGAGCCAGCCCCUGGCAGGGGCAGGGUCUCGGCACCGCGAUUUCUUUGGCCAGCGGUGGGAAGGGAACCCCUGGCACAGCCCCCAGGCUCUCAGCUGACAGCGGACCAGAGGCAGAAGGUGGAUAAGGGCAGGCGGCUUCUCCGAGCUGAGCUCCGAGGGGAAAGCAGCGGCGGGAUUUCUUUUGCCUGCCUCUUAAGGCAGUGAAGUCUCCAUCCCCUCCCACGUUCCCUCCCCAGCCCUGACCCUGUCCGGCGCAGGGGUGGUGGGACCUCAGCGUUCAUCUGGAGUUUCCCAACGAGCCCCAUGAAUUCCUAUGUCAACUGCUCCAGUUCCGAGUUCCCUCUGCCCCAGCAAGACUUCUCUGUGGAGCCCAUCAGCCCUGAUCUCAGCAACAGGACUCACCCAGAGACCUUUUUUGACCCUAAGGAUGCCAACCUGACAGAGGAGCAGCUGCGGGAUAAGUACCUGGGACCUCGACGGUCCAACUUCUUUGUCCCAGUCUGUGUCAUUUACCUGCUGAUCUUCUUGGUGGGGGCUGUGGGCAACACGCUCACCUGCAUCGUCAUCCUGCGGCACCGCUUCAUGAGGACACCCACCAACUACUACCUGUUCAGCCUGGCCGUGUCUGACCUGCUGGUGCUGCUGCUGGGGAUGCCUCUGGAGCUCUAUGACAUGUGGAGCAACUACCCCUUCCUGCUGGGGGCCAGUGGCUGCUAUUUCAAGACGCUGCUCUUCGAGGCUGUCUGCUUCGCCUCCAUCCUCAACGUCACGGCCCUGAGCGUGGAGCGCUACAUCGCUGUGGUGCACCCGCUCAAAGCCAAGUACGUGGUGACUAGGAACCACGCCAAGAGGGUCAUUGUCACCAUCUGGGUCUUGUCAGUCAUCUGCUCCAUCCCCAACACCAGCCUCCAUGGGCUGCAGCCUCUCUAUGUGCCAGGACGGGGGCGGGUGCCCGAUUCAGAGAUCUGCACCCUGGUGAAACCACGCUUGACCUACAAUCUCAUCAUCCAGGUCACCACCAUCCUCUUCUUCUUCCUGCCCAUGGGCACCAUCAGUGUACUCUACCUCCUUAUUGGGCUGCAGCUCAAGAAAGAAAAGAUGCUGGAAGCCUUGGGAGCCAAGAACGGCAGCAGCCGCAACUGCCACAGCCGCCAGGGGCAGAAGAAAGUCAAGAGGAGGCAGGUCACAAAGAUGCUGUUCGUGCUGGUGGUGGUGUUUGGCAUCUGCUGGGCUCCCUUCCACACCGACCGCCUCGUCUGGAGUUUUGUAUCCACCUGGACCAGCAGCAUGCUCCACAUGUUCCAGUACGUCCACAUCAUCUCGGGCGUCUUCUUCUACCUGAGCUCGGCCGCCAACCCCAUCCUGUACAACCUGAUGUCCAGCCGCUUCCGGGAGAUGUUCCGGGAGGCGCUGUGCCGGCCCGGGCGCCGCCCGCCCUGGGGACACUCGCCCAGCGUCACCCGCACCGCCAGCCGCAGCACCGAGUGUGAGCCCGCGCCCGGCGCGCUGCCCCUCGCCCACGCCGAGGAGUACGAGCUGCAGGACGUGCAGGGGGGCCAGGCCAGCAGGCACGCACUGUCCCUCUGCUGAAGAGUGGGAGCACAGGGACUCUGGGGCCGGCUUUCCUCGCUGAUGGCUUCCAUCUGACUGUGGCACUUGUGCUGUGGUGGGGAGCAGGAGCGAGGGGGGUCCCUGCCUCUCUGUGCUGUCCCACCGGCAUGGAAAGGCUGGUUGUGUCAGCAGCACUGCUGCAGGGACAUGCUGGCAGUGACCUCGCUGUGCCCUGGAUGCACAGCAAUGCAUCCCGCUGUCCUCAGCACCAGGCCCUUGUGGUGUGGGGACACUGACUUCUGUCAGGGAUAUGUCAGCAAUCCAUAAAAAUAUUCCAUCCCUCCUGGCCCAGUGGGAUGAACCUGCAGGUACUGGAGAUGGGGGCUUAGGCAUCCCAGGCUGUUUUGGGACACAGGGAUGGAUGGGUGCCCCCAGAGGUGCUUGCUCUUGGGCUGAGAUCCAGGGCUGUGUGAGAAGUUUGCAUGGGAUUGUGGAAAAACCCCAUUCAUGGGGGAAAAAUGUUCUGUGGGUGCCUUCUCCCUUGAGACUCUUCAGGGCUGUCUGGCACCAGUGUAACCCUGAUUUUGUGGCACAUCUCUUCAGUGGUGCCAGCUGGUGCCUGGCUGCAGGGUGCUGGUACAGCUCCUUGCUCCCAGCCUUUCCAUGCCCUGCAUUCCCACCCUUUGAGGGCAAGGGAAGCAGCACGGCUGCUCCCUCCAGAGCUGGAGUCCAGGGUGGGGGAAAUAUGAGACAAAGGGAUCUCCAGGCUGUCUGUAGUGCCAAGGCAGAGCUCCAUAACUGUCUGUGUUACAUGAAUAUGCUCCCCUCUCUGACCAGCAUGUGCUGGGUGCCAAUCUCUCCUUCCUCUGCCCACCGUGGCCACCUGAACAUGUGGGGAGCCCUCCUCCAUCCUUGCCCUCAGCCCCUUCCAUGGGCUGAGCCUCAC